GUCCCCACGAAAAACACGCGAAGGGAAAAAAAAAGGGCCAAAAAAAAAAGAAAAAAAAACAGAGAGAGGGAGACCGGCACGGUACGCGCACCGCACCACACGAACCAAUCCGAAACCCUAGCUCCGGCGAGCCGCCGCCGCCAUGGACAGCCGCCUCGUGGCCUUCUCCCACCGCCGCCGGCGCUGGAUCCUCCUCGCGGCGGGCGGGGCGGCGGCGGUGUUCGGGGCGUACAAGAUCUACCACCACCCGGCCGUGGCGGCCCGCCGCCGCCGCCUCGCGCGGCUGGCCGGCGCGGUCGCGGCCUUCCUCGACGCCGCCGCGGCCUCCGCCGACGCGGCGGCCCUGGUGGCCUCCGACCUCUCCGACUUCGUCCGCUCCGGCUCGGACGAGCUCCCCCGCAGCGUCACGCAGCUGGCCAAGCUCGCCGCGUCCCCCGAGGUCUCCGCGACCGUCUCCGCGAUCUCGGAGGCCAUCACCGCCGGGAUACUCCGCGGAGUCGGAUCCGACUCCGGGCCCGGCUCCGGCGGUGGCGUGGCCCUCUCCGAUCGCCUCGUCGACAGGCUCUUCUCGGAGUCCGGGGAGCGCCUUGCGGCUGCCAUCGCCGGGAGCUUCGCCCGCCAUCUCGUAGCUGCUAUCUACUCCGCCUCUUCGACUCCCGGGGAGACCUCCUCGCCGAUGAAGUGGGUCAACUUGAUUGCCACUGGAAAGGGCCAGAAGGCGAUUAGUAAUUGGGUUGAGGUGUUCGUGAGCACAGCCGUGGGGGUGUUCGUUGACAAGACAAUCCACAUCAAUACCUAUGAUCAGCUAUUCCAAGGCCUUACCAAUGCAAGCCAUGAUGCUAAGGUUAAAGAAUUGCUUGUUUCGGUAUGCAACGGGGCAGUGGAGACUAUGGUGAAGGCCACUCACCAUGUUAUGUCCAAUGCCAAUUAUAAAUCGGUUGGCAGUGGCAGCAAUGGUGCUGGGGAAGGGUGGGUCGAGACAGUGUCGAGCACAUUGGCAGUUCCAAGCAACAGGAAGUUUGUGCUUGAUGUUACUGGUAGAGUUACAUUUGAGACAGUGAGGUCGUUCCUUGAGUUCGCACUGUGGAAAAUGCACGCUGGGGCGAAGAAGGGUGGCAACACAGUGAUGGAUAGCGGACUGCGCGCGAUGCAAUACAUGACUGAUAAGUCUAUGGUUAUCGCCACAAUAUGCAUUACACUUUGUUUGCAUGUUUUGAAUGGCACUCGGCUCCUGGUAACAGCUUGAUGAUGUGUUCAAGAUCAACACGGGUGUAUUUGGAUUGCAUUGUUGGUACAUGACUUGUAGGAAAAUUUAUACUGAAACUGUAAAUUCAUCUAGAAAAGAAGAGCUGAAAUGACGUAAAUGAUUUCGUGUUGUGUUUGAGAUUGUUAUUCAAAACUGCUGUGCCGGGAUUGUUGAUUUGUUGUGCCCUUGGGGAAGUGUAUACACGGGAACUUUUAUAGUGUCAUGUGUUUAGAUUGUUAUUCAAAAUUGCUGUGCCGGGAUUGUUGAUUUGUUGUGCCCUUGGGGAAAUGUAUACACGGGAUUUAUUGAUAAAGGAGAUGUGAUUUGCAUUUUGAA